AUGACAUCCGAGCUUAGUAAUGGAACUGAGCUCAGUUGGCUCCAAUCAAAGCCCCCAUGGUCAGGCAACUCAGAUCAUUUUCUUCCGCUCGCGUCCCGUCAGGUACUCGAAAACGAUGCUAAAAGCGUGGGCAAGGUGCCUUCGAUUAUUGAGUAUUUCGCUAAGCUUAUACAAACGAGGUCAAGAUACACAAUUCCAGAAAUUAUUUUCAGGAACCAUGACCGCCGACAAGAAGUAGCCGAAGGAUCGAUGUAUAGAGUAUGGAAGUACACCGCAUCAAGACUCGGUACUGGAGAUUUACCAAAAGUUAUCGCUGUUAAGGAAGCUAAACUUACGAUACCUUCACAAAUCGAGCGAUCUUCCCAUAUUAGCAACGUGUUAACCGCGCGUCUCAAGUCGGUAUUGCUGGAAAUAGAAGUACUUUUUUAUCCGCCGCUAGCGAACCACAAAAAUAUAGUUAAAUUACUCGGUAUCUCUUGGGAUAUUGAGAGUAAUGGCCUUACUCCAUUCUUGGUAAUGGAGUUCGCCAGUUUUGGGAGUUUAAACAAAUUACUACUCACGGAAGCUGUUACAGAUUCGGAGAGGCUUUCUCUUUGCGCCGGUAUAGCGGAUGGAUUGAAAUCCCUCCAUAACUAUAUGAUUGUGCAUGGGGAUGUCAAACAAGACAAUAUACUCAUAUUUCCUGGUGAUACUGAUAGGUUCAUCGCCAAGAUCUCUGACUUCGAGCACGCGUUCGCCUAUGAUGAUCCUUCACAGUACCGGGGCACCUCUGUCUACAACGCUCCAGAGGUCCAUGCUCAGCGAAACCCUGAUAAAACGAAAUCUAUUCCGAUUUCAGAUCCUGCCAAAUGUGAUAUAUUCUCGUUUGGGCUACUCGUAUUCGAAGUUUUGAGCGAGGGUGUUCGCUAUUUCCAUCUUCCGAAGGGGAAGGCUUUCCAUGAAGCCUCAAUCGCUGGAGAUCAGCGAUGCUUCAUGGACCUUGCGUUACAAUUAUUAGACGAACGCACUAGCCUUUCCGAAAGCCAGACACGAAUCUGCAGCCAAGUUUUUCAAAUCACACUCCAAUAUAACCCCGGCGACAGACUAGUUGAAGGCUGGCCUAUCCUUUUAGGUUUGCUUAAUCAGAGCUCACGGCCUGACGAACAGUCAGUUCCAUUAGGACAGGUGAACACCUACCAGGGGCAGAAAACGAACAGGUUAUCUAUUCUUGAGCUCUUUCGAGAUACCCAUAUGAACGAGGCGUAUGAAAAUGCCCUGAUCGAGGAACUUCGGCACACAGCAGAAAAGGCGCCACUACAAGCGGAUAGGGCGCGGGCGAGCCUUCAAAUUAGCUUCGUAUGCUUCAGCAAUAUAGCUUCAUCUAGAGUUGUCGAUGGGGAAGGCACUGAUUGGCUAAUUCGCGCUAUACAACUUGGUGAUGAAUGCGCUUUGGCGAUCGGCCCUAGAAUUUUCGAGGCAAAGAAAAUUAGCACCCCCGAAGAAUUACAAACGCUUUCAGACAGUACAAGUUUAACAAAUACUUCAGCCUGUUUACAGCAAUUCCCUUCGCCGGAGUUUUAUCGAAAUGCGGUUAGAAUUUUCUGGGGGAGGAAUCUCAGAACAGAUUUUGAGGAGAGGUUCUACGACGAUAGAGAAAACCAAGCAAGAAAAGGCGAAAGCUAUCGAGUACACCGCGCGCUAUGCUCAUUGGAAGGCAGAGCUUCUCUUACAUCAUAUCUGAAUCACAAAAUAUCUUUUAAUGAUCAAACAGAGGACGGACUAACGCCGCUUCACAUAGCAUGUAUGCGUGGUGAUGCUGAACAGGUUUAUUUGCUGUUAUCUGGUGGUGCGGACGCCUCGAUUAAUGACAAGAGGAACAUAUCGCCUUUGCAUUAUCUAGUCUUAUUCCCAGACAAGCACGUCCCUGCGAUUGCAUGGGCACUGAUCCGCGCUGGGGCGAGAAUUAACAGUCAACCGAAAAAAGAAGCGGGGGGAUUUUUCGAUAGCCUCGGAAUGUGUUUGUUAGGGACACCUCUCCAAUGGGCAAUCCUUUGCCGGAACCAACUGGCCAUGUCAGCCUUGUUGUAUCUUGGAGCAUCUAUCUUCGGCGACCAGCCCGAGAAUCGACUUGACUGUUUCUUUGCCUGUGUCCAGACUGUCUGCGCUGACACCCUGGAAAUACUUCUCCGAGAAUCUUUAACUACUCGGCCACUACACGGAAAAGAUGCCUACAACCUCUUCUUCCAUGUCGGUAGCGGGCAUAGCCGAGUUUCUGACUUUCAGAGAUACUGUAUGCAUGGCAAAGAAUGGGAAGAAGCUACCGCAAAGGUAUUUGUUACCUUUGCACGAUACGGCUUUCCUAUUCGAGAAAGACACAAGAACAAAAUUCUGAUGAGCGCUGCAAAAGAUAAUUGCCCAAGUCUUGUUCGUCAUAUGAUAGAUGUGGGGGCAGAUGUAAAUGCGGUUGAUAAGUUAUUUCUUCGGCCCAUCAACGCUUUAUUUUUAUACGGUAUUGAAAGGAUAUCCGACUCGCCCAAGACUAGUCAAAUCAUCCGCCUACUCGUCGACAACGGCGCCUCAUUAGAACCCUAUGAGGUUUCUCCAAUGCUGUCUUAUGGUAAUUAUCUUGACGUCCGCAUUGCUCAAAAAUCGAUUCUUCAGCUCGCUAUGGAGUUUGGGUCGCCGUUCUCCACAAUCGAACUGAUUGCUCGGCUAACGCAGCGAGAUAUAAACCGUCUAACAGAUGGCAAGGCCGCAAUACAUUGCGGCCAACUGUCAGAAACGCAGGAAGAACGUAUCCAGAUUGCCUCUUUGCUCAUUUCUCUCGGCGCGGAUGUUAAUCUAGAAACUAGUCAUUGGUACGCGGGUUACGAUGACACUUCUAAGGAACGGCACCCUUACCCUCGGGAUACGUUCUGCUGCAGAACCGCUGUUUGCACUGCACUUAUAGAUGAGAAUUGGCCCCUUGCUAGAUUCUAUCUUGAGAAUGGGGGCCCUACUAAGUAUGGAAUUUCAGGCGGGCAUUGUACAACCAUUGUCCAUUUUGUACUCCGAACUGCCGCCAAUGAACCUAGGAGGUGGCACAUCUUCGAGGGCUUUCUGGAUCUUAUUUUGGGCCACCCAAGGGCCGAAGAAGAUAGUUUAGUUGAUUGCAGGGACUCCGACGGCUUUAGCCCCCUCGUUUGGGCAACAUACUUUGCUUUACCAUCAUGUGUCAGGAUAUUACUGGACCAUGGCGCCGACGUCCAUUGCGAAAUUAAUGGCCUUUCACUUGGCAUGUUGCUACAAUUCUAUCGCGAGAAUCCACCAGAGUUUGUUAGAGAUGUCCAGGACGAAAAGAAGAUCAGGAGAGGGGAUGUACAUCCAUCGGUCUAUCUACAAAGGCUUGACGAAAUUAGUCAACUAUUAUCUUUAGAGUUGGGGUAG